GGCACUUCGUCUCACUCCAUAUUUGUCUAAAUGUGGAUAUAAUAUUUAAUAGAACAUAAAUGUAUAUGUCUACUUUGGAAAGAAAUAUAGUGCGUGAUAUCUAAAUUUUGUCGCUAAAACGAUUUAAACCCGUUUUUUACCCUAACCAAGACCCUUGAACAAACAUGUAAACUUGACUGCCGUCUGUGAUGACCGAAGUAAGCCAAAUGCUGAGCAGAUUUUCAUUUAAUCCCCGUGUGGACCAUGUGUAAGUAAGUGGCGCGAGCUCUUUCCAUCAUCGCGGUGUGCCACAAGUAUUUGAAACGAUGAGCGGACGAUAUGAGGCAAAAAUCUUACCCGACACGUUUUGAACAGCGUUACAUCGUGGAUUUGACAGGGAAAGGUGAUAAUGUGUCGUUUUUAAGGGGCUUUCCCGAGGAUUAUUUUCCUUCACGCGCGAUGGGAAGUGAAUGGAACUUGACGAUGAGCGGCACGCGCUACGGUUCUCUAAAUCUCUAUUUAUGACAUGAAGUUUUUAAUUUUUACCUGUUUUGAUUACAGAGCCAUGGAGAAACGCAAAAGACUGUUACUUUUCCUUUUUUACUUGAUGUCAAAGUUUUAUCAUAGUGACCAGCAAGUCAUAAGAAUCGGGGGCAUUUUUGAGACACGGGAAAAUGAACCUGUGAGUAUGGAUGAACUCGCCUUUAAAUUUGCCGUUACUAGUAUCAACCGAAACAGAACCUUGAUGCCAAACACCACGUUGACCUACGACAUCCAGAGAGUAAACCUCUUUGACAGUUUUGAAGCUUCUCGAAGAGUAUGUGAUCAGUUGGCCCUGGGGGUGGCAGCGGUCUUCGGCCCCUCUCACAGCUCUUCAGUCAGCGCCGUCCAAUCCAUUUGCAAUGCCCUGGAGGUCCCGCACAUCCAGACUCGCUGGAAACACCCAUCUGUGGACAGUAAAGACAAUUUCUACAUUAACCUCUACCCUGAGUACACCUCCAUAAGCAGGGCUAUUCUGGACAUUGUCAUUUUCUACAAAUGGAAGUGUGUCACUGUGGUCUAUGAGGAUAGCACAGGAUUAAUGCGCAUGCAGGAACUGAUUAAAGCUCCGUCCAAAAACAACCUGAAGAUUCGUAUUCGCCAGCUGCCUUCGGGAGGAAGUGAUUCUCGCCCCCUGCUGAAGGAGAUGAAGAAAGAAAAAGAGUUUUAUAUCAUCUUCGACUGCUCUUACCAAGUAGCCGCCGAGCUUCUCAAACAGCUGAUGUCGAUGGGCAUGAUGACAGAGUACUAUCAUUUCUUCUUCACAACUUUGGAUCUGUUUGCUUUGGAUCUCGAGCCGUACCGCUACAGUGGAGUCAACAUGACAGCCUUCCGCUUGCUGAAUCUAGAUGAUCCGUAUGUGGCUUCCGUGAUUCAGAAGUGGUCCAUGGAGCGUCAGCUGUCCCCGGCCAGACCGGAGAGCGGACUAAUGAGCGGCAUUAUGACUACGGAGGCUGCGCUCAUGUAUGAUGCAGUUUUCAUGGUUGCAGUGGCGUCUCAGCGGGCCACACAAAUGACGGUGAGCUCACUGCAGUGCCACAGACACAAACCCUGGAGGUAUGGCCCACGCUUCAUGAACUUGUUUAAAGAGGCCCAGUGGGAUGGUUUGACAGGGCGAAUAGUCCUUAACAAGACUGAUGGUCUGCGGAAAGACUUCAACCUAGACCUCAUCAGCCUCAAGGAGGAUGGCACUGCUAAGAUUGGAAUAUGGAACUCCUACUCAGGCCUCAACCUGACUGAGAGAAAAGACAACACCAACAUCACAGAUUCCAUGGCUAACAGAACCCUUAUAGUCACCACAAUUCUGGAAAACCCUUACGUUAUGUAUAAGAAGUCUGAAAAGGUGUUGUACGGGAAUGAUCGGUUUGAGGGCUUCUGUCUGGACCUGCUCAAGGAGCUCUCCAUCAUCCUUGGAUUCACCUACGAGGUGAAGCUGGUAUCUGAUGGGAAAUACGGAGCUCAGAACGAUAAAGGAGAAUGGAACGGCAUGGUUCGGGAACUCAUCGACCACAUAGCUGACCUGGCUGUGGCUCCAUUGACAAUCACUUACGUCCGGGAGAAAGUUAUUGACUUCUCUAAACCCUUCAUGACCCUGGGCAUCAGCAUACUCUACCGCAAACCAAAUGGCACCAACCCAGGGGUGUUCUCCUUUCUCAACCCCCUCACUCCGGACAUCUGGAUGUACGUGCUGCUGGCCUGUCUUGGAGUGAGCUGUGUGCUCUUUGUAAUAGCCAGGUUCACACCAUAUGAAUGGUACAACCCUCACUCCUGCAACCCCUCCUCUGACGUGGUUGAGAACAACUUCACACUGUUGAAUAGUUUAUGGUUUGGAGUCGCGGCUCUCAUGCGUCAAGGAUCUGAGCUGAUGCCCAAAGCCCUGUCCACCAGAAUCUUGGGAGGGAUUUGGUGGUUCUUUACUUUAAUCAUCAUAUCUUCCUACACAGCCAACCUGGCUGCUUUCCUCACUGUGGAGAGAAUGGACUCCCCGAUCGAUUCCGCCGACGAUUUGGCCAAGCAGACUAGAAUUGAAUAUGGAGCUGUGAGAGAUGGAUCCACAAUGACCUUCUUUAAGAUGGAUGCAUCGGACAGGGGGUUUGGAGCUGUACUGUCCCAGAUGUAGAAGGGGGAGGAACGCCCUGUGCUGUACAUUAGUCGCAAACUCUCACUGUGGGAGACUAGGUACAGCACGAGGAGUGUUUGGCCAUCAAGUGGGCAGUCCUUAUCCUCUGGUACCAUCUAUUGGGGCAUGCUUUCACCUUCUGUUCAGACCACGCCCCGCUCCAGUGGCUCCAUCGAAUGAAGGAUACCAACGCGCGGAUCACCCUUUGGUAUCUGAUUCUCCAGCCUUUUAAGUUUGAGGUGGUCCACAAGCCGGGGGCACAGAUGGCUGUUGCAGAUUUCCUCUUCAGAAAUGGUGGGGGAGUAAGUGACAGACCGCAUGGCUCCCUGGCCUGAGUCAGGCAAUGGGGGUAUGUGGUGAUGUGGGCGUGGCUGAGUGAUGCCUGUGGAGAGUGAGGCCAGGAGAGGAAGAACAGUAAGGAUUGACACCAGUGGGAAAUUAUCUCUGACAGCUGUGCUGUGUUGCAGUGAGAGCUGGAGAGAGAUAAAAGAGGCAAUCCAGACCGCCGGAGGAGAGACGCACAAAGCUGACUGUGUGCAAUGUUAUGCUGAAAACCAGAUCUUUGUGUGUGUAAAAUAAAAGACUACGUGGAUUGUUUACCUGGCUCCCGCUUCCUCCUUCAAGAAGAGAGUUAUAGAGCCUGUCACACAGUGCUUUUAAGGCAGUACUAUAUUGAUUGGGGUUUGUUCUGAACCCCUAACCCUAAGAAUAAACUUAUUCAAUUAAUUCAAAAUUAAUUAUUUAAUUUUAGCCAUAGGUGUGCUUUGAAAGUUUGAAAAUCUCCCAUUGGCUUGCAGAGAUGAAAUGCUCAACUUUCUAAAUGUAACCAUCAGCAAUGACUUAAUUGUAAUAUUUGCAUACUGAAUUGUGAGAACAUUAAUUACUACAUUAUACUACAUACUAUAUUAAAUCAGUGAUGGUUUUCAUAAGUCAGAAACUCAUAAUUAUGGUAAUUCCGACAUGAUGUGAGCACUGCAUAAGUGUUAAUUCUUGUGUGUGUACUUUGUACACUUAAAACAAGACACAAUUUGACUGAGUGUCAUGACAAUGCCAAAGAGGCUCUGAUUGCCCAAGCCUUACCGAAAGCUUACCUAAAACUUUAACACUAUCUUUUUGCUGCCUUCUGCUGCCUUGCAUGUAUUUCUUCUGGAAAUAUAAAUCUAAUUAUAUUUGAAAAGCUGACACCAGUAGAUGCCUCAAGAACCAGGUCCAAUUAAAAAAAAAACUUUUCAGAAUUUAAAAAAAAAUAUUGAUUGAGGGUUUACUUGAUUUACAUCUUUAAUGUUGUGAUUUUAGUAGUUAGAAAAACAGAAUAAACUUUUUGUCAUUCCUU